AAUACAGAUUGCGUAAAAAGUGGUUAAGAUGCUGGUUUACUGAUCGGAAGGUUGUGAGUUGAAAUCCCAGCAGCCACUGAUGCGCCCUUGAGCAACGCCCUUAACCCUCAACUGCUCAGUUGUAUAAAUGAGAUGAAGUGGCUCUGGAUAAUAGCGUCUGCCAAAUGCCAUAAAUGUAAAUGUUAAUGCAAAUGUAAAUCCCUCCCCUUGCUCAUUCUCAUGGCUGUGAAUUCCUAUAAAACUGAACAUCAUCUUCCACCUGGAUUCAUUUUAUAUCCAGCUUCUCAACUUCUCCAAUCCACCAACAAUGAAGCUUUCAAUUAUGCUGCUGCUCAUCUUUAUGCUUUCCUCUGAAGUGCUGUCACUAAUGUGCCAGAAGUGCAUUCCAUCAGGAAUCACACCAUGCACUAGGACACAGAUAACCUGUCCAGACAAGUGUCUCAGUGCAACUGUUUCAGUGUCCUCAAGUUCUAUAGGUGGUACAGACAUGAAUGUAAAUUUACAGACUUGCGGCACAUCAUCCUUGUGUGUAAAUGAAAGCAUGAACGUGGGAAUAAUGAACAUAGCCACCAAUGUCCAAUGCUGCAUCACUGAUCUCUGCAACAACAGAACACCGGCAGCUCCUGCACAGCAGUUCCCCAAUGGCAAAUCCUGCUUCACCUGUGUUGCUAACCGCUGCUCAGGAACAGUAAACUGUGUGGGGAAUCAAGAUUUCUGCAUUUCUGCCUCAGUUCAACAAGGGAACAAUGCCUUGUAUAUGAAAGGAUGCGCCACCAAGAGUGCCUGUGAUGCGUCUGCUGGAGUGUCAAGCCAACAGGGAGUUGCCCCGGUAAAUGUGCAGUGUUGUGCUGGAAACCUGUGUAACAGUGCUGAGAUCUUCACACUGAGUUUCUUCCUCAUGAUCGUCCCUCUGAUCUGCAGCAUCCUCUUCCAUUGAGUCUGAAAACUUUUAAAAUCUUUAAAAGGAAACAACAAGAAAUUUGGUUUAAUUGAAGACCUUUUUCAUUUUUCCCAGCUCUGCAGUGUUGCUGUUUCAAAUGCAAUUUAUCACAUUUUUCCUUUUGGUGACUGUGAUGACGAUCGGUAUAAAAUCAUAUAAUACUAGAAUGAAUUUGGGAUUGUAUGGCAGUUCAUAAAAUUCCUAAACCCUGGUAAUAGUGUAAUGGAACUAAAACGCAUUUUUGGUAUCCUGCAGUUAAAAUAAAAAAUAAUAAUAAAUUAAAGUACAUCA